GACAUCCCGACAACAAACUUCACAGAAGCUGUUCCCCCCCCCCCAUCUUUCACGUACUAAUUUCUGAAGCGUGCUGCAGACUGUGUGUCUGUAUAUAUGCAUGAGGUAGAGCCAGAGGGAAGGAAACGCGGCACAGAAAAUGUGAAGUUUCAGGCUCCUCCAACUGUGUCGUUCUGGGUUGGUGCCACAGUCACAGGACGCCGCUUCAGGAUCCGAGCAGACUGGGACUAAGAUGGACAGUCCACCAGUUGAGGUCUAUCACUACAAGGACAGAGAACUUUCCUCUCAUCUCCUCACACAGCUGAAUUACUUGAGGCAGGAGAGAAUCUUCACUGAUGUGGUGCUCUGCUCGGACGACAUGGAAAUCCCAUGCCAUCGGAAUGUUCUUAUUUCCAGCAGCCCCUACUUCCGGGCUAUGUUCUGCAGCAACUUCAAGGAGAGCAACCAGGCCAGAAUAGACUUGAAAGGCAUCUCCUCUACUGUCCUCUCAGGUAUCGUGGACUAUGUAUACACCGGGACCAUCUCUAUCACCAUGGAUCUGGUGCUGCCACUGAUGCAGGCUGCGUCCAUGCUACAGUACUACAGGCUCUUUGAGGCCUGCUCUACAUUUCUGCAGGAGCAGCUGAGCCCAGACAACUGCCUCAGUAUGAUCCGACUCUCCGAGAUCCUACACUGCCACAGCCUGCGGGAGAAGGCCAAGGAGAUGGCUGUGCGCAGCUUCUCAGAUGUGGCUGCCUCCGAGGACUUCUGCGAACUCACCCUGCCCGAGCUGCUGUGCUACCUGGAGGACGAUCGCCUGUGUGCUGAGGAGGAGCAGGUCUUUGAGACCCUUCUGGCCUGGAUCCACCACGACCCCUUCUCCAGACGUGGUGCCAUCCACGACCUCUUCAAGAGGGUCCGUCUGCGCUACAUCCAUCCCACGUACCUUUUCCAGUUCAUCGCCAACGAUCCCCUCAUCCAGUCGUCCACCCUCUGCACUGAGAUCAUUGAGUCUGUCCGCCGACUCAUGUUCUCUGUGAGCACGAAGUGUAGCGGCGAGCUAGGGCCACUCUGGGUGACACCACGCCGCUACACCUGCCACGAGACACUGGUGGUGGUGGGUGGACGCAAGAACAGCGAGCAGACGUCUCGCGAGGCUCUGCUGUACGAUGAGCGUACCCAGCGCUGGCAGUGGCUGGCUAAGCUGCCCAUCCGACUGUACAAGGCCUCUUACGUCUGCAUCCACAGCAUUCUCUAUGUGCUGGGAGGCCUGGGAAUGAGCUCAGGGGAAGGAGUGGUCAGUACCACCGUCUAUACCCUAUCUCUCAAGACCAACCAGUGGAGGACAGCAGAGCCAAUGCUGCAGCCACGUUACGCGCACCAGAGUGUAUCCUACCUGCACUUCAUCUUUGUCCUCGGCGGCAUCGGGCCCGAUAAGCAGAUCUCCAACACCAUGGAGAGAUACAACAGCAUGUUCAACCUCUGGGAGCCCAUGGCCACCAUGCCCACGGCCGUGUUGCACCCGGCUGUGGCCGCCAAUGACCAAAGGAUUUAUGUGUUUGGUGGUGAGGACGCCAUGCAGAAUCCCGUCAGGUUAAUACAGGUAUAUCACAUAGGUCGGAAUCUCUGGUCCAGGUUGGAGACACGAACUGUGAAGAAUGUAUGCGCUCCAGCUGCAGUGAUUGAAGAUAAAAUCUACAUUAUUGGAGGGUACACGAGACGAGUGAUCGCCUAUGACACCAAGGCCAACAAGUUUGUCAAAUGCGAAAACAUGAAGGAGCGGAGGAUGCACCACGCAGCUACUGUCAUUGACAACAAACUGUACGUGACAGGCGGGCGAUACAUAAACAGCCAUGAUGUCAUCGAAGACUCGGACUGCUUUGACUGUUACGACCCCAAAACGGAUGUGUGGACGUCCAAGGGGACGCUGCCCUACAAGCUGUUUGACCACGGCUCCCUGCCACUCAUCUGCGUCUCCAACAAACCCAACCCAUCCUGAAAGGCUUCCCCACACCUCGGGCUACAUCACGGAUUUGGGUAGCUGGCUGAAAGACUGAGUAGUGUGUCUGCAGUGUGUCUUAAACAAAAGCUGUUACGAAUGGUCAUGCAUGGGAACCAUUCCAAGGCAUGUCCUAAUCACCUUUAUAUGCAUCCAUGAGCAGUACAGUAGAAACCAGACUGUUUUCCCCAAUGGAACUUGGUUUCCAGUGAGAGGUCUAUGGUUUCCCCAUAAACUAAAAGGCUGGUUCCCCUGUGGUGCAGAUCGUGAGCAUCAAUGUAGCCAUGUGACCAUGAAAAAAACAAGUAUUUAGUGUUUUGAAGUGGGAUGUUUUGUAACCCUCUGUGAAUUAACUCAGAACUUUUGCACAUCUGAGAGCUCUUAUUAUGGUUUUAAGACAUUCCUCCCAAGUGGACAUUCUUUUUGCAAUUCACUUAAAAAUGACUGCCUUUUUUUUCAAAGUAAUUUGAAGUGACAGACAAAAGUGAACUCCUAAAAUACAGAGCUUUUUUUUUUCUAUCGCUAACUUUAUUAUUUAUUUGGUAACAAUAUAUAAGACACUGUGGAAUCCCAUCCAGGGUGCGGCCAGUGUAUCCUGGGAUAGACUCUAGGUUGAAGGUUCAAUGCAGGUUCAAGUGUUUAUGUAAGAUGGAUGGAAGGAUGGAUAUAUAUAUGUGUGUGUGUGUAUGUGGGUGAGUGUUACAUACAUAUUACAUUGUGGGGACCAAAUGUCCCCACAAUGUGAUAAAAAUCUGUUAUUUGUAUGUUGUGGGAACCUUUUUUCCAGGAACCUCAACUUUAUACAAAUCUGUAACUUCAAUCAAAAAACUAAAAAUGCCAAAAGUCUUGUGUUUUUGUUUGGUUACUUAUGUGAUCUGAGUAGGGAUUAAUUUAAUCGUUGUUGGGAUUAGGGGUUUUCCUAAAGAAAUGAAGGGAUGGUCCCCACAAAGAUAUGAAUACAAACAUUAACAAUGGCAAUUAACAAUGCAGUUUUUAAGAUGUUUUCAAAGUGACCUGGUGUUUUACCCAUUUAUCCCUUUUGAGCAGCUGCACAUAUACAGCAGCUGAAGUUCAAUAUCAUACUCAAGGGCACAACAACAGGAUCUAGCCGAGUAAAUCCUCUAGUUAAAAGCUCCUGUCCUGUUCAGCCACAUACUUUAAACUCUAUAUAGAAAUUCAACAACUCUCAAGGGAAGGCCUGUCGAGGCACAUAGACCCAGGACUGCAUACAACCCCAAGUAAGCAUCACAUCCCCAAACUUUAAACAUAAUAUUUUCAUUGGCAUAUCAGCCGACCAGCUUUAACAUCAAAAUCAGAGCAGAAAUAAUACAGAUUUAAGAUGACUUGGGGAUCUGAGAAAUAUGUGCGCAAUUUUAGCUUUCUAGAAUGUUCUACAAUGCAUUUGAAUGAAAGAGAGCACUUUGUAACACAUACUUCUAUGCAAUAUAUCUAAAGACUAGACCUUUAAAUUAAAGGAUUGGUAUGGCUGUGCAUCUAAGGCACAUGAUUAGUGAAUUUCUCCUGUAAGAAAUCACUUGUUUUACAUCUGUUUAACGGAUGAUUGUAACAGAAGUCCAGCAUAAAAAUAUAUAUCACAGAAACACUGAACACACGCCUCAUGUACUCAGGGCACAAGCUUUCCCAUGUGGAUGCAUUUAUGGGAAUUUUCAAACGGAAAAAAAAAUCUGAGACUUGGACAGCUGAAGAGACUCCCAGUUGUAGCUUCCCCCGCAUCAUCACAUUGCCAUGGCGAUGCCCCCACCGCCCUUUGACCCCAGCGUCUCCGUGGCAGCAGAUAUUUGCUUGUGUUUGUGUAGCUCCGCUGACUGUAACCCUUCACAGCGUCCCCAGAAAAACAAAACUCGUCUUUUCAUACAUACUUUAUGUACUGUUUAUUUACAGUAGGCUGUUUAUUUACAGUAUUUACAGUAGGCUUUUCACAGUAUGUCUUUUGUUUUAUAAUUGUCUCAGUUUUUUAAAAAUUGCUUUAUUUAUACAUAAAAAUUAAAUAAAAAAUAUUUAAACCUGGAAUUUCACUGUAGUGGAGGAAACAUUUUCUAACUUUUGCAGGGUUGUCAGUCCUUAUAAUAAAACGAUUAUUUAAAAAGAAAGAUAACAAGAAAGUUAACAAAAACACAUGGAUGUACAAAAAACUACCUUUGAACACAGAAGUAAAAAAUAAACACCUCAGAUAUAGCUCUUGUUCCUCUUUACAUAUUAAAUCCAUGAAACAUUAAUUUUUGAUUAAUACAUAUUAAUAAAUUAGCGAAUACGUAUAAUUUUAAAAUGUAUAAAGUUUGAAUUUUCAUUUAUCUUUUACAGUCACUGAAACUGCACAUUUUCUCAUAAAUUACGCGGUUUGUUCAUUUUCUUUAAAAAAAAAAAACUGCUUUGGAUGAACAGAAAAUCAAUG